CCAUGGCUUCCACUACUGCGGCCAUCAAGGAGACGGUCAAGGAGACUCUGCUCGGCGUCGAAGAUGAGCCCCAGCUCUCGUCCCAGACGCGUGCUGAGUUCAUGCAACAUGCCAAAACUGAUCCCGAGUCUGGAGACUACUACAUGGGUAAAGAGGAGUUUGUCAACGCCAUUGCUCCUGAGUCUGAAGACUACAUCAAGCGAUCACAGUAUGCCGUCCUCUUCUCCAUUGCCGACCGCCGCAAGACUGGUCGCGUAACUCUCUCCGACUGGGCCACCUUCAACAACCUUCUCGCAAAGCCCGAUGCCGAGUACGAAAUCGCUUUCCGUCUCUUUUGCGACCCCAGCACCGGUGUGGUCGACUUCAACUCGUUCAAGGAAGCGUAUGCUGCCAACCGCUCUCCCGACAACAUUCCCUUUGAUUGGAACUCAACAUGGGCCUCCCUGUAUGUUGGCGACCGCAAGAACAGGCAUAGCAUGACCUAUCCGCAGUUCGCCCAGAUGCUGCGUGGUCUGCAAGGAGAAAGAAUCAGACAAGCCUUCCACCACUUCGACAAGAAUGGCGACGGCUACAUCGAUCCAGAACAGUUCGAGCGCAUCAUUCGCGAGACUGCUUCGCACAAGCUCUCCGACCACCUGCUCUCCAACCUCCAGACCCUCUGCAACAUCUCACCCGGCAGCCACAUCUCAUACGCCAAUGUACGCGCUUUCCAGAACAUCAUCCGCGACAUGGACCUCGUCGAAUUGGUCAUCCGCAACGCUGUAGGAAAGACCGAGGACGGCAAGAUCACACGUACCGACUUCUUGAACGAGGCCGCUCGCAUCACUCGCUUCUCAUUGUUCACCCCCAUGGAAGCUGAUAUCCUCUUCCACUUCGCCAGCCUGGACCAACCCUCUGGCCGUCUCGGUGUCUCCGACUUCGCACGCGUCCUCGAUGCUUCUUGGGCUUCCCACCACACAGUUUACGGCGCCGCCACCGGUGCUGCCGCUGACACUGCCGCCGCUGUUGUCUCCAAGUCAAAAUCAUUCUUUCACGAUGUCCUCGUAUCCGCACACCACUUUGCCCUCGGUUCUAUUGCUGGUGCCUUUGGUGCUUUUAUGGUCUACCCCAUUGAUUUGGUCAAGACUCGCAUGCAGAACCAGCGUAAGGCGCGUGUUGGUCAGCUGCUUUACAAGAACUCGAUCGACUGUUUUUCCAAGGUCAUUCGCAACGAGGGUGUAAGAGGCUUGUACUCAGGUGUCCUGCCCCAGCUUGUUGGUGUGGCUCCCGAGAAGGCUAUCAAGUUGACCGUCAACGACUUGGUCAGAGGAAAGGCUUCGGAUCCCAAAACUGGUGAGAUCAAGCUGCCUUGGGAGAUCGUUGCUGGUGGUACCGCCGGUGCUUGCCAGGUCAUCUUCACAAACCCUCUUGAAAUCGUCAAGAUUCGUCUACAAAUCCAGGGUGAGGUGGCCAAGUCACAAAAAGCGGUCGAGAAGAGAAGUGCCAUGUGGAUUGUGCGCAACCUUGGUUUGGUCGGUCUCUACAAGGGUGCCAGCGCCUGUUUGUUGCGUGAUGUUCCCUUCUCUGCCAUCUACUUCCCCACCUACAACCACCUCAAGAAGGACUACUUCGGCGAAGGCCCCAACAAGAAGCUCGGUAUUUUGCAGCUCUUGUCUGCUGGUGCCAUCGCCGGUAUGCCCGCAGCUUACCUAACCACUCCUUGCGACGUCAUCAAGACUCGUCUGCAAGUGGAAGCCCGCAAGGGAGAAACUCAGUACACGUCGCUCCGUCACGCUGCCAAGACUAUCUGGCAAGAAGAAGGGUUCCGCGCUUUCUUCAAGGGAGGACCCGCUCGUAUUCUUCGUUCUUCGCCUCAGUUCGGUUUUACUCUCGCUGGUUACGAGCUUCUUCAAGGUCUUCUUCCUCUUCCUGGUGAGGAGCACGAGCUCGGACCUCGUGGCAGCCUCGAGCCUGCAACCGGAUUGCAAGAGGCCAAGGCACCGCUUCCUUACUUGAGAAGCAGAAACGCACUCAAGAUCAUCCUGGACCUUGACGUUGGUUUCGGCAGUCCCAAGUUGCCCGAGGGCCAGAAGUUCACUGGUAUCCCCGGCUUCCGC